AUGAAACAAUUCAAGGCGACCAGAGUCUCAGCUGAGGCCUCUCAGAGGCAAUAUGUGGAUAUUAUGCACCAUCCGGCUAAGUUCAGUGGGAAGUGUAGUCCGGAUGAGACCGAUCAGUGGUUCCGAGACAUGGAGAGGAUCUUCCAUGCCAAGAGGUGUUCGGAUGAGAACCGAUUGGCUUUUUCUGAGUAUUUGCUAACAGGAGAAACUAGUCAUUGGUGGAGUAGCAUGAGAAUGCUAUUGGAAGGGAGCGGUACUCCCAUAUCUUGGGAAGUAUUCAAGCAUAAGUUUUACACUGAGUACUUUUCAGAUAGCGUUCGGUUUGCAAAGGAGGUAGAGUUCCUUCAGCUGGUUCAGGGAAACAUGUUAGUAUUAGAGUAUGCCGAUCAGUUCAAGCAUCUUUUAAGGUUUCAUACGUUGAGAAUGAAUGAAGAGGGGCAGUGCAUGAAGUUUGAUAAUGGGUUGAGAGGUGAUAUCAAGUUGUUGGUCACCAGUUUAAGUAUCAAGGAGUUUCCAGCUUUGGUGGAAAAGGCUAGAGUUUUAGAGAAGACAAAAAUGGAAGUGGAAAGUCAUCAAAGACAGCCACCGAGGGUUGGAGGACCGAACAUUUCCAGAGGGCAGCAAGGGUCAAUAAGUUGUUAUAACUGUGGAGGACCUCAUGUUAAGUCAGUUUGUCCUCAAUUGAGAGAGUACAAGAGGUGCAAUCGGUGUGGAAGGGAAGGUCAUUACGAGAGGGAUUGUCCCUUGGGUAGAAGGGAAGUGGUUCAGAACCAUUCGGUUGGGAGGUUUCAGCCGAGAGGAGGUGUCAGACCUCAGACUAUUGGAAGGGUCUAUGCUAUGUCAAGAGUAGAAGCGGCCAGUUCAGCUAAGCUUAUUAUCAGUCAAUGCUUGUUGUAUCGUAGAGAUUGUGUAGUGUUGUUUGAUUCUGGGGCAACGCAUUCUUUUGUUUCUGAUGCAUGUGUAGAGAGAUUGGGGUUAACUGUGGGAGAGUUACAGUGUGAUCUGGUGGUGUCUACACCAACAACAGGUUUAGUUAGGACAUCUUUAGUGUGUGCUAGAUAUCCGGUUGAGGUUGAGGGGCGUCGGUUCAAGGUGAAUCUUAUCUAUUUACCUUUGCAAGGUUUAGAAGUAAUUAUAGGAAUGGAUUGGUUGUCUACCAAUCAUAUUCUUAUAGAUUGUGGAGAGAAGAAGUUGGUAUUUCCUAAAAAGGGAGAAGUCGUGCCAAUUUCUUCUGGGCAGUUGAAGUAA